AUGUGGUUCUACACUCUCGUUUCCAGCGUGUUUCUAUUUCUUUCGAGUUGCGGGGCACUCAGGUAUGACCCGGCAUUUGCCCAGUACAACCUCAAUCAGAAUCAAACAGCGACAAACCCGCUGGACUAUUGGGGGGAAUGGACGGGCCAUCAAUACCAUCCCUCGCCGUCCAACUGGCGGUUUCCCUUUUAUACCCUCUUCCUCGACCGGUUUGUGAAUGGUGACCCUUCCAACGACAACGCCAACGGCACAGCUUACGAGCAUGACCUUAAUUCAAAUCAAAUGCGCCAUGGAGGCGAUCUCCAAGGACUUGUCGACACGCUCGAUUAUCUACAUGGCAUGGGUGUCAAGGGUAUCUAUAUCGCCGGAUCUCCUUUCAUCAACAGUCCCUGGGGUUACGACCAGUACUCACCACUGGACCUCUCUGUCCUCGACGAACACUUUGGCAACAUCGACAUGUGGCGGUCUGCGGUAGAAGAGAUUCACGCCCGCGGCAUGUACGUGAUCCUGGACAAUACCUUCGCCACGCUGGGAGACCUCAUCGGGUUUGAAGGCUACCUCAACACCACUACGCCUUUCACCUUGAAGGAGCAUCGCGUCCAGUGGAAAUCAUCUCGUGAAUACCACGACUUCCACAUAGGAAACAACUACAACAAGACAUGUCAAUAUCCAAAGUUCUGGUUGGAGACGGGAUACCCUGUUGGCGAGGACGUCACAAGUCAAAUGGUUGGCUGCUAUGACAGCGACUUCGACCAGUACGGCGAUACUGAAGCCUUCGGUGUGUUUCCAGAUUGGCGUCGUGAACUGUCAAAGUUUGCCUCUGUCCAAGAUCGUCUGCGAGAAUGGCACGAGCCUGUUCGUCAGAAGAUCGAGAACUUCUACUGCAUGAUGAUAGCUCAACUCGACAUUGAUGGAUACCGCUAUGAUAAAGCUACACAGUCAACAGUAGACGCCAUGGGCUACAUGAACGAUGCGAUGCGCAAGUGUGCCCGAAGAUAUGGGAAAGACAACUUCUUCACCCCCGGCGAAAUCACUGGUGGCAACGUUUUCGGCUCGAUCUUCCUUGGCCGUGGGAGACAGCCCGAUAUGAUCCCUGAAAAUCUGACGGUGGCCGCUACCAUGACAGACCACUCCCCUGAAAGGUAUUUCUUGAGAGACCAAGCGCACGGUGCCCUGGACGCUGCGGCCUUCCACUAUACGGUCUAUCGCACCUUAACUCGCUUCCUGGGCAUGGACGGCAAUCUCGAAGCAGGAUACGAUGCCCCCCGGAAUUUCGUGGACAUGUGGAACACUUUUCUACUCACGAACGACUUUGUCAACCCCAACACUGGAAAGGUGGACCCAAGACACAUGUACGGAGUGACGAACCAGGAUGUCUUCCGCUGGCCGGCCAUUACCAACGGCGUCGAGCGCCAACUGCUGGGUCAUUUCAUCACCACCAUCCACAUGCCUGGCGCGCCAUUGCUUCUUUGGGGGGAGGAGCAAGCGUUCUACAUCCUGGAUAACACAGCCUCGAACUACAUUUUUGGUCGGCAAGCAAUGUCAUCUGCAACCGCCUGGCAGACUCAUGGCUGCUACCACCUCUCCUCUACGCAGUUCUUCGAGAUGCCACUGAAUGCCUCCCGUCGAGGCUGUGAGGAUGAGACUGUCAGUUACGACCACCGAGACCCGGCACACCCUGUCCGUAACAUCAUCCACCACAUGAAUCAGCUUCGGGAUCAAUAUCCCGUACUUCAAGACGGGUUCUUCCUGCAGCAGUUGUCGAACCAGACCGAAGAGAUCGUAUACCCUGGCUCUGGAAAUGUCAGCACUGAGACUGGCAUGUGGUCCGUCAUGCGAUCCGGUUUCCCUGGCGUUCAAGACCUUGGCGACACGGGCGCCGGCGACCUUCCAGUGUGGCUCCUCUACUCCAACGCCAAUGCAUCGACUACUUAUACAUUCGACUGCAACGACAAUGCUACAGCUCUAAACACAACCAGUUUAAUCUCUCCAUACGAUGCAGGCACUGUGGUCAAGAACUUGUUCUAUCCCUAUGACGAGCAUACCCUUGACAGUAGCGUCCACCGCCUGGGAGUCAAUGGUUCGACGAAUCCCAACGGGUGCCUCGGCAGUUUGGAUAUGGCGGCCUACGACUUUCGAGCUUAUGUUCCGAAAGAUCAAUGGGUGGGGCCGAAGCCCAUGGUUACCAAAUUCAGUCCCGGACACGAUGCACGGCUCGAGUCAACAAUCAGCGCGGAUGGGACAGAGUCCGUCAAUGUCGAGUUUCAGUUCUCCGUCGAGAUGGAUUGCGAUAGCGUUACAAACAGCAUUACCUUCAACUCGACGACUGAAUCAGCGGCCACUCCGUCCAUCGACCGAAGCAGUAUCAAAUGUGCCAACCUAGACAGCCCACAAACACCUGCCUACGUCGGAGCCAUCUCGUCGACCUGGUCGUGGUCAGCAAAGCUGGAUAAUGUGGCUAACGGCAUUCACUCCAUUUCGGUUCGCAACGCUUCCUCCGAAGCGGGUGAGGUCACCAACGCCAUUGAUCGCUUUUUGUUCCGCAUUGGGCGAACUGACAACCCCAUGGUGUUUACGGGGUCCGCCAACUAUUCGUCGAGUCUCCUGAGCAAGAGCGAUAACGGGUCCUUGGUCAUCUCGCACAACGCCGCAGGUGCAGACAAGUGGCGUUAUUCCACAAAUUGGGGCUCUAGCUUCUCGGAUUGGCUGCCGUACCGUGGCGGAAAGACGCAAAUCGAGAGGCAACCGUGGUCUGGAACAAAGCUGCAAUCCUGGAAGGGCGAUCAUGUGCGUGUGGAAUACUUCAGCCGGUUGGCGGGCAGCAGCGACCAUGUCCAGGAAGGUGAUGUUGGCUUCAGCACCCCUCGGCGCUUCCCUCAUCUGUUCCUGAACGGCCCUUACAACCAGUAUGGCUACGAUGCAGGCCUCAGUAACGAGAUGAAGCUUACCGACAACAAUACAUGGGAUCACCAUUUCAUGACCGAGUGGAGCCUUGCGGGCACGCUCGCCCAAAUCAAUGUCUGGGGCCUCAACCCAGAUGGCAAGCCUGACCAGACGACCGUGAUGGGCGAUGCCGAUGGUGACUCCAUCCUUGACCGUCUUCCGCCGUCGUCGCUCUCUUCGGUCGUGCUCAACAUCACCCAGCCUCCUCCGAAGCCCUACCUCGGUUGGCGGCUUGUGAUAAAUGAUGGCAGUUUGCGUUUCGAACUGCGGCCGUCGGGUAACAUGUGGCCGCAAUUGAUCCUCUACGUGCUUCUCUGGAUCGUUCCGAUUAUUACGGCGAGCUUCGGUGUCUGGUCCUUCAUGCAGUCCUUCUACCAGAUUAAGUUCAACGAAGUCGGCAUAUCGGAAAAGAAGAGCUUCAUUCCUGCAGUUUUCAAGAGAACAUUCAAGAAGCUCCCUGACGAGGAGGACUCGCCGAGCGUUCUGACCAAGUUCUCUCGAAAGCCAAAGUUUCUGCAACCCACAGGUGCUCUCCUCGAUCAGCAGAAACGGCGGACCGUCUUGAUCGCAACUAUGGAGUACGAUAUCGAAGACUGGGGUAUCAAGAUCAAGAUUGGCGGUCUCGGUGUCAUGGCACAACUGAUGGGUAAGAAUCUCGGUCAUCAAGAUCUCAUCUGGGUCGUGCCUUGUGUCGGGGGUGUCGACUACCCGGAAGACCAAAAGGCGGAUCCUAUGACAGUGACAGUCCUCGGCAAACCGUACGAAGUUCAAGUCCAGUAUCAUGUCUUGCGUAAUAUCACCUAUGUUCUGCUCGACUCCCCUGUCUUCCGGCAGCAAACCAAGUCUGAGCCAUACCCUCCUCGCAUGGACGACCUUUCAUCCGCCAUCUACUAUUCGGCAUGGAAUCAGUGCAUCGCACAGGCUUUGAAUCGCUUCCCGGUCGACCUCUACCACAUUAACGACUAUCACGGCUCUGUGGCUCCUCUGUACCUGCUCCCCAGGACGAUUCCGGCCUGCUUGUCUCUCCACAAUGCCGAAUUUCAGGGGUUGUGGCCGAUGCGCACGAAUCAAGAACGCGACGAGGUCUGUUCGGUCUUCAAUCUGUCUCCUGAAAUUGUGGCCAAAUAUGUGCAAUUCGGCGAAGUGUUCAACCUACUCCAUGCUGGUGCAUCCUACUUGAGAGUCCACCAGCGCGGCUUUGGUGCGGUGGGUGUCUCCAAGAAGUAUGGGAAGCGAUCAUACGCGCGGUAUCCGAUCUUCUGGGGGUUGAAGAAAGUUGGCAAGUUGCCCAAUCCCGACCCGUCCGAUACAGGCGAGUGGGACAAGAAGCUGCCGAAAGAGUCUGACAUCCGCAUCGACCCCGAGUUCGAAGCUGCCAGACCUGAGCUCAAGCGUCAAGCGCAGGAAUGGGCCGGCCUCGAACAGAACCCCAAGGCGGAGCUGUUCGUCUUCGUCGGACGCUGGUCGAUGCAGAAGGGCGUAGACCUGAUUGCGGACGUCUUCCCGUCGAUCCUCGAGUCGAAUCCCAAUGUGCAACUCAUCACCAUUGGACCUGUUAUCGACUUAUACGGCAAGUUCGCGGCAAUGAAACUUGAUCGCAUGAUGAAGCUGUAUCCUGGGAGAGUAUUCUCGAAGCCUGUCUUCACGGCGCUUCCCCCGUUCAUCUUCUCUGGUGCAGAGUUUGCCCUCAUUCCGUCACGAGACGAACCUUUCGGACUCGUCGCUGUCGAGUUUGGUCGCAAGGGCGCCCUCGGCGUCGGUGCAAGGGUCGGCGGUCUUGGUCAAAUGCCAGGAUGGUGGUAUACGGUAGAAUCCAUGACCACCGCCCAUCUAAUACAUCAGUUCAAACAGGCCAUUCACGAAGCCCUCGGCUCCAGCACGGAAAUUCGUGCGCUCAUGAGAGCGCGGUCGGCCAAGCAACGGUUCCCUGUCGCCCAAUGGGUCGAGGACCUGGAAAUCCUGCAAUCGACAGCGAUUCGCAUCCAUGACAAGAUCGAAGCUACACGGCGCCACACUGCCGCAGGGGACCUGAUCGGCACUAGUGCAUGGAACACUCCCAUUGCUUCUGGCGCAGCCACACCGUCGGGCUUCCGGACUCCCACCUUUGGCCACUCCAGAAUGUCGAGCUAUGCAGCAAUACAAUCCCUGACCAGCCGCCUCAGGAAUAUUGGACACAGCAGGGAAGUGAGCCAAAGUACUCCUCCGCGUCCGAAUUCGAGCCACUCGCACGCUCCUUCGGGUCUGUCUCGUUCCGCGUCUCUCGGAUCUCGCAGGGGUCCGGGCCACGUCGAUGUUCAAGAUGAACACGAUGGCGACGAGCCGCGGACUCCUGGAUUUCUGCCGCCUAUACCGGACGUCGGAGGAGACGACACUGGAUUGAGGACAGGCUCAACUCAGAAUCCCAACGAGUACUCGGACGACGAAGAUGAAGACCUGGACUCCGAUUUUGACGACGAUGACGACGACGUUGCGAUGCCCCAACCGACCAGUCCACGAUACGAAAGGAUCCCGCUUAAUGAUGACUCGCCUCGGGCGCCGCCGUCCAGCAAUUUCCAUCCAAGAAGCAGGGCAGGACUGGAGCUGACACCUCUGCAAAGCGGCGCGCACAGCAGAAGGAACUCCUCGGAUCAACCUAGACCAGAGUCGGGGCUGCUCGUCCCGCCACCGGUCUUAACGGACAACAACCGCGUGUCGAGUAGUCUUUCUCUGCUUUCCAUGAACUCGAUUGUGGGGGAGAAGACGGACUUCAAGCUGCAACAGGUCGACCCCUUCUUCACAGACAGCAAUGGCGAGUUUGCCCGCGCUUUUGAGAAGAAGCUGGAAGACCUCAAUGGCCACAACUCAGAGAGUACAGCCUGCAUCGAGGAGUUCCUGGUCAAAUCCGAGAAACAGUGGUUCAACACGUUCCGUGAUGUCAAGCUGGGAAGGCACACGGCCAUCUCUUCGGCUCGUAACAGCAUGCACAUCAGCCGGGAAUCGCGCCCAACCUCAGCAGCGCCAUCUAUAUACGGAGGAAACACGGACCCAGACUCCCACCACGAUCCAAACAACCUGGCUGGGGAGUUCCUGCUGGGUGAGAACUACAAGCCACCUACUGGGCUGAGAAAGUGGAUGCAACUGCGUGUUGGUGACUGGCCAGUCUACGCCUUCUUCAUGGGCUUUGGACAGAUCAUUGCAGCCAAUUCGUAUCAGAUCACGCUCCUGACGGGAGAGGUUGGCCAGUCCGCAACGAAACUGUACUCCAUUGCGUCCAUCUACCUCGCGACCUCCAUCUGCUGGUGGGUCUUCUUCAGACGCUUCCAAUCCAGGCUCUGCCUCUCCCUGCCAUUCUUCUUCUAUGGCCUGGCUUUCCUGCUGAUUGGCACGGCACACUACGGGUCUUCUAUCAGCAGUCGGGGCUGGAUUCAAAAUGUCGGAACGGGCAUGUAUGCCGUGGCCUCGUCAUCCGGUUCAAUCUUCUUCGCCCUGAACUUCGGCGACGAGGGCGGUGCCCAAGUCAAAGCCUGGGUCUUCCGAGCCUGCAUGAUUCAAGGGACCCAGCAGAUCUACGUCGUCGCACUCUGGUACUGGGGCGCAUACCUCAACAAACGUACCGUCACUCAACUGGUCAGCACGCCCAAUCCCAUCACCGACACGUGGAAGAUCACAGCCAUCACACUGCCUAUCGCGUUGUUGCUCUGGGCCAUUGGUCUGCUCAUGUGGUUCGGGCUGCCGAGCUACUACCGCCAAGCACCCGGCAAGAUGCCCAGCUUCUACAAGUCCCUGACGCGGCGGAAGAUCGUGCUCUGGUUCUUCGUCACGGUCAUCGUCCAAAACUUCUUCCUCUCCGCACCUUACGGCCGGAACUGGUCGUUCCUUUGGAGCAGCUCGCACGCCAAGACCUGGCAAAUCGUCUUACUCGUCGCAUUGUUCUUCAUCGGUGUCUGGGCAGGGGCCUUGUGGCUGUUCGCCACGCUGUCCAAGUCGCACAGUUGGAUUCUACCGCUCUUUGCGAUCGGGCUGGGUGCGCCGCGAUGGGCCCAGAUCUGGUGGGGGACAAGUAACAUCGGAUUGUACCUCCCCUGGGCCGGCGGAUACACGGCCUCUGCACUGGCGUCUCGCGCGCUGUGGCUCUGGCUCGGCACAUUGGACGCCAUCCAAGGCGUCGGACUGGGCAUGAUCCUCCUGGCAACGCUCACGAGGGUGCACGUGGCGUUUACACUUAUCACGGCCCAAGUCCUCGGCUCUGUGACUACUAUCGUCGCGAGAGCUUGUGCGCCCAACAAGAUCGGCCCUGGACCGAUCAGUCCGGACAUCAGUGGCGGGGUGUCGAAUGUGUGGCAGGCCUGGUUCUGGAUCGGGCUGGCCUUCAACCUGGCCAUUUGUGCCGGUUAUUUCAAGGUACGUCGGCAGCAGUGA